AUGGUCUGCUGGCUGGGCUUGACCACGGAAGAGCAGAAGUCGGCCCCCAGUGAGGCAGAGAAGAGGACCACAGCCGCCUCCCCGGAAGGCCCCGUUAGGGCACCCUGCACGCCCACAACCCACCAGCCUGACGGGCACUUCAAGAGGCGCUCCCUACGCUGCCGGAACCGCCGGAACCGGCACAAAUUGCGCGAAGCGGAGCCUUCCUCCCCUGCCAAAGAGGCAUCCUCCUCGCCACUGUCGUCUGCGGAGGCCACGCCCGCGGAGGAGAGAGAGGCCAAUCCCGCCACGAACGAGUGCCAAGCCAGCCGGGCAACUCCCUCGGCCGAGAUGUCCCCGGAAGUGACCAAGGUCUUGAGCAAGGUGGAUGAGGCCGUGGCGGCGGCGGCGGCAACCCCAGAGCGAAUUCCCAGCCUGCCUCUGGGACCGCAGGAUCAGCAGCAGAAGAGGAAAUGCUUCGAGCAGCCGGCCUCCCCCUCUUUCCCCGAAAAGAAGCCGCGGCUUGAGGACCGUCAGUCCUUUCGUAACACAAUUGAAAGUGUUCACCCAGAAAAGCCACAGCCCACCAAAGAGGAGCCUAAAGUCCCUCCCAUCCGGAUUCAACUUUCCCGAAUCAAACCCCCCUGGGUGGUUAAAGGUCAGACAGCCUACCAGAUAUGUCCUCGGAUUAUCCCCAAUCCAGAACCCGGCCGGCCGGACCGAAGGGGGAGCCCAGCCGCUGCUGACUCUGAGGCCUGUCCUUUGCAAGGCCGAGUCCAGCGAGCGGCUGCUGCUCCUGCCUCCACCAUUGGAGGUGGGGGUGGGCCAGGAGGAGGCGGCAGAAGGAGCCCAGACGAAGGCGGUGGUGGUGGUCGCGGCAGCAGCAGCAACAGCCGGCUCCGGCCACCCAGGAGCCACCGGGCCAAGCACUGGCGAUGCAAGAGAACUCGCGGGAAGCGCUGGUCAGAUUUACAGCGAACACAGCUAUUGCCGCCUUCCCACUUAGGCGGGAAGACCGCCGGCUGGCAGGGGCCGGAAGCGAGCUGGCCUUCCGGGGCCACAGAACCCGCCAGGGAAGGAGAGCUCAAGCAGGGUAGACAGGCUGCGAGUCUUCCUUCCCAGGAAGCCGCUGCCCAGCCGGAGGACUCCUCGGAAGGCAGCCUCUCGGAUCGCAGAGCGACAGAAGUGCCGGCCAGUCGUCCUGGCCACCUUUUGGAUGAUCCCAGGCCUUCACCUUCCGCAGAAGAUGCUCCUCUGGAGGGCCGCGAUCGGAAGGACAGAAGGGAAUCUCCCGUGGGAAGGCAGCAGAGCAAUGGCUGGCUAGGAGACUCCGGAAGUAUCCUCAUCGGAGACAGAAGCAGGCAGGAGGGCCGGGAAGGUGACCUGGCUUCCCGGAGCAGCACACGAGUUGGCUCGGAGGCUUUGGGCUCUCCUGCGUGGGAGGGCAUUCCAGAGGACCCCAGCCCUGUGGAGCUCCCACCACAGGGUGCCACCCCAGGCCCCGGAAGAGGGGCCCCGAGCAGCCCAGGGGACGCUUCCCCACUGACAACAGGCCCGCUCCCUCCUUGCUUCAAUACGAGCUCCCGUGAGAGCCCCUUGUCCCCAGCAUCGGCACCCUCAGACAUGGAGGUAGAGACCGGGCGAGAGCGGGCCGUGACAGGGCCGAGAGCCAGCCCCGGCAGCGAUGAGGAAGCCCAGAGUCCGCUGAGUGAGACCACAGAGACGGCCUCCGAUUUGGAUGCUGAGCUCACCGAUGAGAACUUGGAGAUAAACGGGGAUUGUCGCCAGGCUGAAGAGAGGGAAAGCGGGUCCAAGCAGAGACGCCCGGAGGGACGUAGAGAGGUCAUCUUGGAAAGCAGGGAAGAUUUGCCUUUGGAUGUAGGGGUCGUUGACUCCCCCUGCAGGACCAGGUUGCCCGCUCCUAUCCCCACCACGGCCAAAUCAGUUCCCCCUGUUGAUGUCACAAUCCAGGAAAGGCCACGCUCGGGUGUCCCCCAGCCUGUGUCCGCCACAGCAGCCAAGCCCCUGGAGGGACACUUCGCCCCCCAGGGUCUGCCUCCCAAAAGCCUCCCACCAGCCUCUUCCCAGGCAGCUGCAGCCUUUUCUCGGGACAAGCCCCCGGCAGAAAUCCGCCCUUUCCUCCAGGCGGUUAAGAGCAAUGACCGCCUCGUGCAGGACGCCCCAUGCAGGGAUGGGAUAGGUCCGAGUGACUCAGCCAGGAAGACCACACGUGCACCCCAACCUUUGUGGGACUCUGCCGAAAGGGCCUGCCUGCCUCCAGAGAAGACUCCAAAUCCAGGAUCCCUGGAUCAAGCCAUCGGCCAGUCCCCGAAAACAGAUCUCUCGAAUCUGGGAAAGAAUCCAACCUCUUCCUGCCCUCGUCCGGAUAAAAUGGAUCUGCCCAGAGCAGAUUCCACGGCUGGCAUCAGGAAGCUGGAGGAGACGCUGAAGACCGCCCCGGGGCCCAAGCUCCCUCUGCGCACGGCCUCUCUGGGGCCAGAGCAACCAAGCAGCCGCCCCACAGAGAAGACACCCAUGGCUCUGGGCAGGAAGGUCUUCGGCUCGGGCAUCGCGGGCGGGGCAGCAGCCAAGGCCCAGAAGCCCCACGGCUCAGAGCCCUUCCCCAUGUGGGGCAUGCUUUCCCACAGCAAACUGGUCUCUCCCCCGGCCAAGGCGAUGGCCCCUGGAUCCCGCUUGCCUCCCACAAGGGAGGAAUGGCCCUCCAAGAGGAAUGGCGGCUCAACGGAGAACAAGAAGGUGCUGGCCUCGGCCCAGAGGAAGAGGGAGCAGCCGAAGGAGGCCCUUCCCCACAUGAUGGAGACUUGGCAGGGCUUCCCCCUGGGGAGGGACCUGGCUUUUUUCAAGCUGCCCAAGGAGCCGGGGAAGGGGCCUGCGCAGCCCCUGGAGCCGUCCUCCCUCCCUUCCCAGCUCAACAUCAAGCAGGCCAUAUACGGGAAGCUUUCCAAGCUGCAGCUGAAUUCCUCCCGUCUGAAUUACGCCUCUUCGCCCGGCGGCCCCUUUUUCCCCCGGAACCUGGAUGGCAACGGCGGGCCCUUCGGCCCCAAAGCCCACUUGACGGCUUCUUCCCGGGGCGGGCUGUCUUUCUCCGCCCAGGUGUUUGCCGAGACAGGCAAAGGCCUGGAAGAGCUCUCCCUCAAGUGCUCCUGCAGUCUCAAAGCCAUGAUCAUGUGCCAGGGCUGCGGAGCCUUUUGCCACGACGACUGUAUCGGCCCCUCCAAGCUCUGCGUGCUGUGCCUCGUGGUCAGAUGACACUGGCAGCCCACAGAAGGAUCAAAAGCUGUACAUUGAGCAGGCGAGGAGGAGGAGGAGGACACCGGCGACCAGGAACGCCCGUAUAUGCAAAGGAUUCUGGUCCUAACAAAGCCAAUAUGGACGCUGUAUGUCUUGGGUUUCCCUGCUGGGGGUGGCAAGUCGGUCAUGGAGACAGGCGGGUUUCGGAGGGCUGAUUUCCCCCCUCCCCUGACGAGGAACUCUGUUGGAGAUUUGGCCCGUUGGUGCCCGGCCUCGGACCCUUCUUGUGCCGUGAGCCCCUUCCCCGUGGGCUGAGUCUGUGGGGGGGGAAGAGCUGACCUCCCCCUUACCUCCGUGUUGGAAGACCAAGUGAAAGGCCCAGCGGAAUCUGUCUUCCAUUUUCUCUCCUUGCCACCGCCACUCCACCCCCCCCCCCAAGCGCUGGGCUCGGUGGUCGACCCGGAAACGCAGGGCGCGGGGUUUCGGAGUCGCCACACAGAUGGAGGAGUGGAGGCCGGAAGGCGUCUUCCUUCCCCGCAUCCGGGAAGACUUUUUACUCUUUGAAGCGGUGUCAUAUUUUUUUCUUGUUUUGUUUUUUUAAAAACCCAUACGUAUAUAAAUAUAAAUCUAUAAUAUAAUUUUUUUCUUUCCUUUUUUUGUUCUUGGGUGUAAAGAAACAACAACAAAAGUGGAAAUGUUUGGCUCCUCAUUGUACCUUCUAUGCAUCAUGUCUUCUUCUUCUUCUUCAUCCGUUGUACUCAGUACUCGGCCGGGCUUUUGUAAAAUGGGUGUUCUGUACAUAAAAAGCUCUUUUUUUCUUCUUUUUUUAAAAAAAAUCCUUUUGGGGGGGGGUUCUCCCCCCCCCCUCCCUCCAGGCUACCCACAGUAUUGCAUUGUAGAGUAGUGUCGGUUACGAAUCGCUCCCCCACCAGACGGGGGGUGGCUGUUGCUCUGUCCUGCCUGGCCAAGCAGAGAGGGGAAGCGGGGG